AUGAACUUUUGUGACUUCACACAUACGUUGGUCAAACAGUUCCGAUGGACUCAAUCGUUUCGGACGAUCCGUCACACGGAAAUCAUGGCCACUAUGAAACUGAUCACGGCGCUGGUGAACGUGACUCUGUAUGUAUCGGUCAACUUCGAUCAAGCCGUCCGGCUGUACGACGGGCAACGACUGAAGCGCCGCCGAUUAUCCACCGUUGUCAGCACCCAUACCACCACCACUUCCGUACCGGUUACCCACCGGUGGUUGACCCCGGCAGGCCCUCACGGAAUUCCGCUGUUGCACCAGGAUCUUCGUUCCAACCUGAUUGCUACGCUCGACAAAUUGGCCGGAUUUCGUGGAAAUCGUGCCUCGGCCGUUAAUCCCGGCUCAUCGCAUAACAGCUUCCAGGGCGAUGUUGAACAGCAGUCUGGGAGUCCAUCCCCUUGUCGCAGUCCUCGAUUGACCAGUUUCUCGCCCAACACGUACACUUUCACCAAAGGCCUAGCGGAGCAGAUUUGCUACGACUACCGUCAGGAGCUUCCGUUGGUCAUUUUCCGGCCUUCGAUCGUUACCAACGCAGAAAAAGAACCCCUGCCCGGGUGGAUCGAUAACUUCAACGGCCCAAUCGGACUGCUGGUCGGUAUGGGAACCGGUGUGAUGCGAUCGGGAUGCAUCAAGCUGGAUAACCACAUCAACUGUAUCCCGGUGGACGUGAGCAUCAAAGCCAUUAUAAUAGCUGCGUGGAAGCGUGCCAAUAGUAGCAGCGCCCAGCCCAUCCUGCCCAUCUACAACAGUGCUGCCGACGUGUGCAAAACGGCCACCUAUAAUUUUUUGGUAACUGACGGUGAAGAGCUGUACUACAAAACACCGACAUCUCAGGUUUUGUGGGCUCCAGGCGGAGUUAAUGCCAUUUGCUUGGAGGUGUACUACGUGGCGUUCUUUUUCUUACAAUUUCUGCCUUCGUUGGUAUUGGAUGCACUAAUCAAACUUAGUGGACACAAACCGAUGUUGUUACGACUGCAGCGGAGAAUUUUCGAUGCAACUAUUUCGCUCAAGUACUUCACCGAUAACGAAUGGGUCUUCAAGACCGCCAACUUCCGAGGACUCCAGUUGGCACUGCUGGACCAGGACAGAGAGACCUUCGACAUCAACUACAUAACGAAAGGGCUGGUUUCGUACUACGCGGAUAGCAUCAUGGGAGCACGGCGCUAUUUGUUCAAGGAAACGGACGACACGAUCCCUGCAGCACGAAAGAAAAUUAUGCGAUUCAAGUGGAUAAAUAGAGUUAUAAAGUAUGCACUAUUUUUCUUUCUUGGGUAUUUGCUUUUCUGUAAGAUUUCAGUGGCACUUUCAUAGUUGUAUAUUUUAUAAAUAAAAAAACUCUUUGAUAGAU